AUGUUCUACAAAUAUAUUACUGAAGAAGAAAUACAUGAAGGCAAUGAUACAGAAGUCAAGUUAUCUAAAGAUAAGAUUUCAGGAAAUAUUCCAAUUGAUAUCCUGAUAUCCGAGGCAUAUAAACUUGCUUUGUGCUUUAAUAGUUUUCAGGAAAGUAAAGAUUUCCUUAAAGGGAUUGCAGCAUCUUACAGAUACAUCUCAGAAUUUCAUGAUCCCCUUUCAAUUCUUGUUCUUGUUAUCCACAGAUUCAUAACUUUUUAUAAUGAAACAAUAAUUCAUUCCAAAGAUAUUUCUGGAAUUCAUGAACAUUACAAUGAGUUUGAUCAUAUUCAGUCAUUUGGAACUACCAGAUCUGAAGAAAGAAUAGGGAAUGGAAGAUUUUGCUUUAUUUAUGAAAAAGGAAAAUUUUAUGAAGCACAAAAUAAUAAUAAAGUCGUCAACUAUCCAACUUUUAAUUUAAUGCGAUCUAAAUCAGGACUCAUUGAUGUUGAUUCAUCAAUUCCAGUUUGGUUCCAAUCUAUCGUAAUUACCCCAGUCAGCCAAGAUUUAUGGGACUAUGAAGAAGAUAAUGAUCAAGAUUAUGAAAAUAUUAAUGGUGAAUUGAUUAAUGAUGUAAUUUCGAUAUUGGAAAAUGGAUUAAUUGUACCAUGGUUCAUUGAUACGGAGUUUAAAACCGGAAAUAUAAUGAAUAACUAUGACUUUAUCAAUGAAUUGCAUGACAUUCUGAACGCAGAUAUAUAUGGAGAUAUAAGAAAUCUUGAUAUCAGUUAUUUCAAUUUAUGGGAAGAUUUACCUCUUUAUCUCAUUAAAUCAAUUAAUGCUAUCAAUAGUAAUGAGAAUGGCUACGAAGAUACAAAUAUUAACAUUUCUGUACAUAAAAAAAUUGAUGCAUUAAAUUUUUCAUGCUCAAAUUAUUCAUUCAAUGAAAAUGAAUUCGAUUUGAUUGAUGACUCCAUAACUGAGAGAAAUGAAAUACUAUCAUUUUCUCAACGAAUUUUUUCAGUGGAUAAAGAUAUCAUAACCCCGAUAUAUGUUAUGGGAAUUGAAUCAUUGAAAACAUUCUUUUCUGGGACACUCAAAGAAAGAUGUGAUUACUUCAUGACUGACAACAAAAGCAUAAUUGAGAUCUUUCUACAUUCAAUAUUUGUUGAUGAUGGUUCUUGUUCAAUCAUCAAUAUUGCAAAAAUGUUAAUUCAAGAUGUUGUAGAUUCGAAUAUAUGGAAAGAAGCAGAAAUGCAGAUCGAUAAUGAAGUAGCACAAUACUUAAAUGGUAUGAUAUGCAUGAUUAAAUGCUAUAUCCAAGUUUUGAAGGACAAAUUUAAUGAUAGAGAUCUAAAAUAA